ACCCAACCCAACCAACUCGGCGCGGUCGCUGCUUUCUUCUUUGCCCUCAAGCCUUGCGCCCUGCGCUGCAGCGGCUAAAACCUCCUGAUCGCGGCGAAAACCCGCGAAACCCCAACCGCCGCUCGCCAUCGCCGCCGUCGCCGCCAUGGCCUCCAUGGAGCCCUUGAACCGGAUGGUGAGGAUGGUGGCGCGCGCAUUCUACGACAACGUCUCGCUGGCCAGAGACCCCAAGUCCGCUCGCGGCGACAACUGUGGGCUUGCCGUCGUUGUCCUCGACGCCCUCACCAGGCGGCGCCAGUGGGUCCGAGAGGAAGAUUUGGCUAAAGCAUUAAAGAUUUCCUCUAAGCAACUGCGCCGCAUUCUCCAGUUUUUUGAAGAAGAGAAGCUAGUGAGAAGAUGUCAUCGGAAGGAGACACCAAAAGGAGUAAACAUAUCUAACAAUGUCUCUGGCACCGCUGGUGAUGUGCAUCCUUUUACUAAAGGAGGAGAGAAAGCAAAGAUGCACACACAUUCCUACUGUUGUUUGGACUAUGCUCAGGUAUAUGAUGUUGUAAGACAUAGGAUACACCGCAUGAGGAAAAAAUUAAAAGAUGAGUUAGAUGACAGAGAUACAGUUCAGCAUUAUGUAUGUCCUAACUGUAAAAGAAGGUAUUCAGCAUUUGAUGCACUGCAACUUGUAAGCGAUAUGGAUGACUAUUUUCACUGUGAGCAUUGCAAAGAACAACUUCUUCCAGAAAGUGAAAAGCUUACUUUGGAUGAAGUUGUGUGUGGUGGUGACAAUGCAAUAAAGCAUAAGCACGAUAAACUAAAGGAUAUGCAGCAAAGAAUGGAGGAGCAAUUGAAGCCAUUAAUAGCAGUACUUGACAGGGUAAAGGAUCUUCCUUUUCCAUCUUUUAUGAGUUUGCAAGAUUGGGAAAGAGCAACUAUGGAGGCAUCUGCAAAUGGUGCAGUUGGUUCAUCUCAGAAUUCAGAAGGGCGAUACAGCAGUAAACCAAUGCCCUUCCUUGGGGAAACAGAGGUUGAAGUUAAUUUCUUAGGAAGUACUGGAGCACAGGAAGGUGUUGAAUCUGGUAUGGAAAGUAUAAAGCCACAGCCCUCAUGGAUGAAUCGUAAGAGUACAGUCCUCACAGGGGAACAUAAAGGAGAAAUCAGCAACACUGCAGAUCUGGAUCAAAGUUCAGAAGCCAAGAGUGACAAGAAACAGCUCUCAGAGAAAGAUGAGAUGAAGAGCAUACAGGAGGCAUAUGCAAAAGCUUAUUAUGAGGCUAUCCAGAAAAGGCAGGAAGAUGAGGACAAAAGGAUGAUACAAGAAGAAAGCCUUACAUGUAUUUCUGACCAGCCAUUUGCUUCUGAUGCACAGUUUGAGAGGCGGUUGGGUGCCAAAUCAAAACGUGAUGAUGGUGGUGACUCUGGUGAUGAUGGCAUUGAAAUGAAAGUGGAGCAACCAACAGGGAAUAUAGGAGAGGUAUAUAAGUUGGCUGAUCUGGAUGUGGAGACCCAAGAAUCAAUUGAUGAUGAUGAUGAUGAUGAUCUUGUUUGGAGGCUGCUAUCCUUGAGCCUACGGAAGAUGCAGCGCUCAUGGAAGCUGUGGAAGCAGGGCGUCGUCCUCAGCAAGUCUCUCUCCUUGAAGUCCCUCAGGCACACGGCGCACGUCUCCUCCCUCGCGUCGGCCGCCCUCGUAGGGACCAGGCUCAGGAGGAGAUCGAGCGACACCGUGCCUACUCGUCGAGCGCGCUUGCACGGCGGCGGCGGCGGCUGA